GUGCAAUCUCUUUUCUGAUCUCAUUUCAGCUCAUCUGUGAUAAAUCCUCCAGCAGGAGAUUUGGCUGCAUCAGAGACCCCAGCACCAAUCUGCUGAUUCCCCAUCACCAUGAAGGCUUCUCUUGCCGUCUGCAUCCUCGCUGCUCUCCUGGCUACGGGGUCCUGUCUGGAGUGUGAGGUUUGUGAAGGACCAGGAACCAGCUGCUCGGGCACCGUACAGACCUGCGCCGCUGGGUAUGACUCUUGUGGCAUCAUUGUGACAGAAACCACAAUUGUGGGAAUGAAUCAAAAGAUUGUUUUCAAGGGCUGUGUGACAUCUAGCAAUUGUAAAGCCGGCCCCUUCACUAUGAAUUUUGGGAAUGGAGUGACAUCAAGGACUGGCAUCGCCUGUUGUUUGGGAGAUGCCUGCAGAACAACAACCGUUACAGUGCCCCCGGCUGACACCAAACCCAACGGCCAGCGCUGCCCUGGCUGCUUCGCUACAACCUUUGCUCAGUGCAAUGAAGUGAGCACACAGUGUACUGGAUCUGAUACCCGAUGCAUCGAGCUCUCUGGAACCGUAACAAUAGGUGGAACGGCCACAUCGAUGACCAUGAAGGGCUGCGCUAGUGAGUCCGUCUGUGCACAGAUAAAACCAGAUGCGAGGACCUUGGCAGGGGCCAGUGGGGAUCUAACUGUGAAAUGCAAAGCACCUGGCACAGCUCCGGGACCCGCCGGGCUCCUCAUCCCAUUCCUCGCUGGGCUGCUCCUGCUGAAGGUUUUCUCCUGA